AUGUUGCAAUGGUUAGUCAACGCCAAGUCUGGUCAAUUAAUAGGUUACGGGCAAGUGAAUGUGGUUUCUCUGGUGGCCGGGUCGAAGCGACUGCUGGUGGCCGUCAGGUCCUCCCUGUACCUGAUGGAUUGGGAUGUGACUGGAACUAAAGGUCCACAAACUGGUGACGACGUUCUUCCUGAUAAAGCCACCUUUUACAGUAUAGAACAGGAUUCGUUAGAAUAUCCUCGCAUCCAGGUUCGCCCAAUUUCGAUCUCCAACGGGCUUGUCUGGUCCCUCAACAACACUAUACUGUACUACAUAGAUUCGCCCACACAAAAGGUGGAGGCGUUCGACUACGACGCGGUUAAAGGAGAUCUGAGUGGUCGAAGGACCAUUGUCGAUAUAUCUAACUACGGGUACGAGGAUGCGAUACCAGAUGGCAUGACAAUCGACAGCAAGGGCCAUCUGUGGGUGGCUUUGAUGUUCGGUGGAACGGUGCUCCACAUAGACCCGGAUAGUAGGCAAGUGAUAUUCGGCUACAAGAUACCGGUGUCCCGUGUGACGUCAGUGUGUUGGGGCGGGCCUAAUCUCGACGAACUGUUCGUGACCACGGGCCGGGACCACCAGGAUGAGAACUCGGAGCCGCUCGCCGGCGCCGUGUUCACUAUAAGGAAUACGGGCAUAACCGCACUAGCCGAACUGGAAGGAUCACCGCAGAAGAGAAGCACACCCGCUGCCAUGGGUAAGAUGCAACCUGGGUUGGCAAACUCUCCUCAUGCCUGCUUAAGGCUCUGGCACUGCUGCUUAUCGACGGAGAGCAGUAAACUGCUUGGUGCUGACUCCGGCGAAUGGAUGACGAUAUCAGAAGCUCAUGAACAAUUUUCAGUCACUUAUGAAAAGUUUAAGCACGCCGAGAGUCCCGUAUGGAACCCGCACACAAACACUCUGUACUGGGUCGACGUACUCAAUCAGGACGUGCAUGCUUUACAUUAUCGCACCAGGGAGCAUCGAGUUAAACAUAUAGAAUAUGGAGAAGUCAAUGUGGUGUUGCCAAUAGUAAACAGCAGUCGUGUCAUAGUGGGGGUCCGAUCAGAAGUUUUCUUGCUGGAUUGGAACAAAGAGGGUACCAAAGGUGCUCAACGAGGGGACAAAGUGGAGUCAGACCAUGGUGUUCUAUAUGUUCUGGAGGCGCCGCACUUCACGCCCGAGGUGCGACUAAAGCCAGUGUCAAUAUCCAAUGGAAUGGUGUGGUCGGUCAACAAUUCUCUACUCUACUACAUUGAUUCAGAAACUAAAAGAAUAGACGCGUUUGAAUUCGACUUGAUCGCCGGUGGGAUAAGUAAAAGAAGGACCAUAAUUAAUUUGCAAGAGCAUGGGUAUACCACUGCGAUACCCGACGGAAUCACCAUAGACAAAGAUGGAUUACUCUGGGUAGCGCUAAUGUUCGAUGGAUCGGUUCUCCGCGUAGAUCCAGAUAGUAGAACAAUUGUGAGAAAGAUCGAGCUGCCAAUCUCCCGCGCUACAUCUGCGACGUGGGCGGGGCCUGAUCUCGACCAACUUGUCAUCACCACAUCGCGUCGCAAUAUGGCCGCCGAUGAACUAGCGAAGGAAUGUCUUGCAGGCUCUUUAUUUUUUUUUCAUGAAUUAUUCACAUCAGGCUUGCCAUCUUAUCAAAUUGUAUUUCCAAAUGCUAACCAUUAUUAACAAUAAUUUUAAAGUAAGACGAAAAUAAUAUUUUCCAUUAAAGUUAAUAAGGAAAUUAAAUAAAAAUAAAUAUUGCGAAAUAAUUUAUUAUAGGACGAAAUUACAACAAGAGCAAAUAACAAGACUUCAUAUAACACUUUAGACUCCAUGAAUAAAUAACAAAAGAUCACAUGACAACAGCGAGAAUGACUAGAAUCAUUACAACAAUGUGAUUUUACUUUUCAUAUACGGUAGCGCUAAAAAGGGCCACUAUUUUCAAAAUCCUAUUCGAGAAAUGCUUAAAUACGUUUGAAAUGCAGUCUUUGUUGCUAAUGGUCAGUUCACCUCUGUACUGCACUA